AGAAGAUAGGGUAUUAGGGAGUUUUGACCUGGACUAUUUACUUGUACAAGCUACAGGUAGAUUGGGGAAACACUUCGAGAUCAAGAUAAUGGCGGCGGAAAAGGCAAAGAAAUUCCAGCAGGAGGGCAACCAGAGGGAUGUAGCUGCGUACGCCCAGAAUUAUGGGGCUCACAGAGAGGGAAUCACGAUGAAAGAAGUGGCCGACUACUACACAGAGUGGGCGAAUUCUAAUAAAUAUGACGUGGACCUGGGACCAGACCGAUAUCGUGGACCAAAGCUUGCUGCUGAGACUCUUUGUGACCUGAUUUCGGAACAUCGUGAAAGUGUUCGAAUCUUAGACAUUGCUUCUGGAACUGGAUUUCUUGGACAAGAGCUCUGGGACAGGGGGUUUCGCUCAAUCGACGGCUUAGACCCUUCAGAGGGAAUGAUUGAGGCGUCCAGGAAAAGAAAUGUAUAUUCCAAUCUCAUCUGUGAUUUCAUGAGUGAGAAAAUGCUGAAUAUUCAAACAGAUACCUAUGAUGCCGCUGCGAUUGCUGGUGGUAUGGGAGAGGGUCACAUUCCAUGCAAUGCUCUGUAUGAGAUGAUUCGUAUAGUAAAACCUGGCGGUUACAUUGUCAUUGUAAUGAGAGAAGAAUAUCUAGAACAUGUCCAGGAUUAUAAAGACAGACUAGAACCAUUAAUGAAAGAAUUGGAGACUUCAGGCAAAUGGAGGAAACUAGCGAGAAAAGUUGUACCAAAUUACUCUUUCCAAAAUAAUGGUGUCAUCUUUAUAUUUCAAAAAUGCUAAACCUUAUAGACUGUAAAUUUCUUAAGUAUGGAGGUAUAUUACGUGGUCCAGUUUUACAUAAGAAUUUAUGACUAAAAUCAAACUGUUAUUUUUGGAUAUUACUUUCUUUUCUACGUGAAUUUAAAAAGCAUGAAGAACGAUAUAUGUAUGCAUAUAAUUUUUAAUAAAAUCAUUUAUUUUAUAGGAUUUUACUAUCAGGUAAAUUUGUUGGUCUUAUAGUCGUGAGUCCUUUUGUAAAAUGUACUACUUAUUUGUCGUUUGAGUUAAAAAAAACUGAGUUAACAGUAACAAUAUAUUUGUUAUUGUAUAAAAUGUAUCUGGGGUAUAUAUUUUACAGGUUUAUAUCAAUA